AUGGACAAAAAGUUUUCGGAGGGACUUCCGCAUAAAUUGAUUUGGGCGUGUCACGAUGUUACUGGAGAUCCGGUCGAUGAACUGAUGGCUAAUAUCGGAACAAGUUUUUACAAGUUUUUGGGAAAAUACGAGUUCAAUAAGGUUUUGCGAAUACUUGGUCGUACAUUUCCACAGUUUUUGAAUGGGUUGGAUAAUUUGCAUGAAUACCUCCGUUUUACGUUUCCAAAACUCAAACCACCAUCAUUCUACUGCGAACACGAAAGCCGUACCGGUUUGACACUUCACUAUAGAAGCAAAAGACGUGGAUUUCUUCAUUAUGUGCAGGGUCAGAUACGUAAUAUUGCUAAAGAGUUGUUUCAAACGGAAGUCGUGAUUGAGUUAUUGGAUGUUGAACAUGACAUGAAUUUAGAACAUGUCAUCAUGCGUCUCCAUUUCAACAAUCUUGAUUUCAACAGACAGGGAACUGCGUACCGAAACAUGAACGAUUCAAUCCUCGAAAAAGUGAAGAUCACAUCUGACAUCUUUUUUGACAUUUUCCCAUUCAUCAUCGUCUUCAACCGCGGAAUGCGAAUAAGAAACAUUGGAAUUGGAUUGCUACGUGUGAUGGCCGGGGUCGUUGGAAAGAAGAUCAAUCAAACGUUUCUUCUGAUGAGACCUUUCAUCAGAUUCCGUUGGGAAGAGAUUAUGCUGCAUUCAAACAAUAUUUUCGAACUCAUAUCGUGUGAGCCAAUUCAAGAAGAUGAAGAUGGGCUAUUAGUCUACAAACACACCGACAUUGAUCAAAUGACUGAAGAACGCCACCGAAUGGGUGAUGUGGAACGUGAGAAGUUUCUAUCCUUGAAAGGUCAAAUGUUUUAUAUGGAAGAAUGGGAGAGUAUAUGUUAUGUUGGAAUUCCGGUUAUGAGCCAUCUACCUCAAAUGUACAAAUCGGGUUUGUUCAUCAACGACUUUGCACUUCACGAUUCGAGUAGAGAUCUGGUACUGGCCAGCACUCAGCAAGCAGCAGAACUCAAACUAUUGUUACAUCAGGAAGCACAAAAAAGUCGUAAUAUGCGAGAAAACAUGAACCGAUUGAAAAAAGAGCGUCGACGGACAGACAAACUUCUUUAUCAAAUGUUGCCGAAAAGUGUUGCUAAUCAGUUGCGGAAUGGAGAAAGUGCAGUGGCGUGUUGCGAGAGAUUCGACUCGGUCACUAUAUUGUUCACAGAUAUAGUAGAAUUCACCAAAAUGUGUAGUUCAUUGAAUCCAUUGGAAGUUAUUGAAUUUCUCAAAGUUAUCUACACAAACUUCGAUAAAGUUAUUGAUGUUCAUGGAGUUUACAAAGUUGAAACUAUUGGAGAUGCUUAUAUGGUUGUGAGCGGUGCUCCCACUAAAACAGAACAUGAUGCUGAAUUCAUUCUGGAUUGUGCAUCACAGUUUUUGAUUGAAGCCGGAAAAAUGGUUAAUAUGAAUGAGAAAAUUCCCAGAAUAGAUAUAAGAGCCGGAGUACAUUCCGGAGCUGUAGUUGCAGGUGUUGUGGGGUUAAGUAUGCCAAGGUAUUGCUUAUUCGGAGAAACUGUCUUGGUUGCAAACAAAAUGGAGCAGAAUUCAAGUCCGAUGAAAAUUCUGGUAAGCGAGACAACGCACAAUAAAAUCGAAGAAUCGGACCCAGGACUUUAUCAGUUUGAGAUGAGAGAAGAAAUUGAGAUAAAAGACGACCAGACGAUCCAAACAUUUUUUGUUGUCUCAAGACAUGGUCCACCAAGAGUACCUUCCCCCAGAAAUUGUGAGAGCAGGCAAGAUGAUUCUGUUAAUGAAGAAGACGACGAUGAUGAUCUCAUAUUUCCGGGGAAACCCGGUCGGAAGUCACCAACUAGUGAAGCUGAAGAUGAGUUGAAGAAGAAAGGACAACUCUCAUUCACACCAGUUUCUGAUGCAGGAAUCGAAAUUCACUCUAGAAACUCGAAUCGAACGCCGCGUCACAGCCAAGAUAUGACUCCGAGAAAGUCGAUCACUUAA